UACUUCGUUAACCAUCCAAUCAGAAAGGACGCUGAUUUGUUGACGUGCGUGUCCUGACAGCGGAAACGAAAUAUUCGGGAGAGAUCAAUCGUCUGCUAGCAACCAAUUUAACAAGUCUUCAGAUGGAGGUGGAGCAGCUUCUGUCUCUGUCGGGUUCUGCUCUGGCCCAGGCUGUCAGCUCUCUGCUGGAGACCCCGGGCCUCUACGUUUUCUCUGAUAUCCUGGAGCUGCCUAAUGUCAGAGAGCUGGAGAACGGCCCGCAUGCUCCGGUUUACCAGCUCCUGAACCUCUUCGCCUAUGGAACCUACUGCGACUACAAAGAGCGAGCCGCCUCACUUCCAGAGUUGACCCCAGCACAAAGAAACAAACUCCGUCACCUUUCCAUUAUUAGUUUGGCUUCCAACCUCAAGUGCCUGCCGUACUCGCUGCUCCUGCAGCAGCUGGAGCUAAAGAACGUGCGGGAACUGGAGGACCUGUUGAUCGAGGCCGUUUACUGUGACAUCAUCCAGGGAAAGCUGGAUCAGAGGAACCAGCAGGUGGAAGUAGACUGCAGCGUAGGUCGUGACCUCGGUCCCAAUGAGCUCCCAAACAUAAUCAACACUCUGCAGGAGUGGUGUUCAGGGUGUGAGGCGGUCCUGUGUGGCAUCGAGGAGCAGGUCUCCAGGGCAAACCAAUACAGAGAGAAUCAGCUGAAGGUCAAAGUUCAAGUGGAAACAGAGGUCUCAAACCUGCAGAAAACAUUAAAGGCCAGCGCCGCAUCUCCGUCUUCAGGCCCCGCCCCUGCCGGAGCAGCGUCCAAUCAGGAUGCAGAUCAGCCCGCUGAACCACGAGACCCCGCUUCAUCUCAGGAACCACGGCAGCCCGGCAAAAAGGCUUCAAAGGUGAAAGGGCUGCGCGGCAGCGGGAAGAUCUGGUCCAAGUCCAACUGAGGACAAAAGAUUAGGACUGGAGGACAGCAGCAUGGGACGCUCUCUGAUUAACGGACACAUUGGUGGACAGACACUUUAAAACAAUGUGACCACUAAAGGAUCACCCUCCUCACUCACACUUCUGCUGUUCAGCCACAGAGCUUCACGGGGACUUUUAAUCGCCAGAUCUAACCGUUACGGAUCCACACACACACACACACACACACACACACACACCUGGCCGGUGGAUAGAUCAGGUGUGACUCUCACUCUCACAGGCAGGCUGUGGGUGUAAUUACACACAGGACACCGUCGUCUGCAGCAGGAGUCGGCUGCCUUCAACCAGAAGCAGGAUCAGUGUGUUUGAACUAAAUGUUUGUGUGUAUCGCUGUUCUUUUGGUUCACAGUCAUUCUCCCUCGCUUUGUUUUAUUUCUCUCUCUCUCUCUGAUGAGUUGUAUAAAAUCAGAAUCUGACAUGAUGGACAAAUAAAAGAAGCCCUGUACUUA